CCACAAACAAACACAGUAAAAAAAGAGAAGAAAAAUCAGUCCCUUAAUUCCCUCCCCCUGGAAAAUACCAAACACAAAAAAACAAGAGGAAAAUCAAAUCAAGGUGUUUCCUAGUACUAUCUUCGGUGGGCCCAGUCUCAUAAGUUUAUUAGGGUGUGUAUAAAGGAGGGGAGAGGGAGAUCAAAGGAAAAUGGCAGACUCACCUGGUGGUGGUAAGCACCAAGGAGGGUCAAAGUCGGCAGCGUCUCUCAUGGAGAAUUUGCUCGGUCUUCUCCGCAUCCGCGUCAAGCGCGGCGUUAACCUCGCCGUCCGUGACGUCCGUAGCAGCGAUCCCUACAUCGUCAUCAAGAUGGGUAAACAGAAACUGAAGACUCGUGUGAUUAAAAAGGAUGUUAAUCCGGAGUGGAAUGAAGAUCUUACUCUUUCUGUUACGGACCCUUCUAUUCCAGUCAAGCUGACUGUGUAUGAUCAUGAUACAUUCAGCAAGGACGACAAAAUGGGAGAUGCAGAGUUCGGCAUAGUACCUUAUAUUGAGGCAUUGAAGAUGGACUAUGAAGGAAUCCCGAGCGGAACGAUUAUCACAAGAGUACAACCCUGCAGGCAAAACUGCCUAUCUGAAGAGAGCAGCAUCCGCUGGAGCGAAGGUAAGGUCGUCCAAGAUCUCUGCCUCAGACUGAAAAAUGUGGAAUGCGGUGAAGUUGAAAUCCAGUUGCAAUGGAUCGAUCUUCCUGGUUCCAAGGGCUUAUCAUGAAUGGCCUCUCUGUAUGUAUGUUUUCUGUCUUAUAUAUUAUAUUGGCUGCUUGCAACCUUCUACCACCUGAAACUGAAAUCAACAUGGACUGGUUUUCGUUCAUGGCUGGGUUGGUUUGUUCAUAUAUAUGUAUAACAGAACCAACAAUGUAUGUACUUUUAUUCGACUACUGGUUGGUUUUAAGCUUGUAGCUCAUUAAAUAGGUUGAACAAUUUGGGGCUCUUGUCAUCAUAAAAACUGAGUAAGUUGCAUGUACCCAUUUUCA